AUGGAGUCCAGGGAAGUCUUAAGUGGCUCCCGGCAAAGGGGGAGUGAGUCGGAAUUCCUGCCAGUCCCCUCAGCCAAGCCCUCGACUACUCCUAGCUGUACAGGAGAACCUUUGCUGUCUGCUCCGGAGACUGGGAAGGGAAUCCCAGCAGGUGGAGAACGCAUGGAGCCAGAGGAGGAGGAUGAACUGGGCUCAGGACGGGAUGUGGAUUCCAACUCCAAUGCAGACAGUGAGAAAUGGGUGGCAGGAGAUGGCCUGGAAGAACAGGAGUUUUCUAUCAAGGAGGCCAAUUUCACAGAGGGGAGUCUGAAACUGAAGAUUCAGACCACAAAACGGGCUAAGAAACCCCCAAAGAAUCUGGAGAACUAUAUAUGCCCACCUGAGAUCAAGAUCACCAUCAAGCAGUCGGACCAGAAGGUGUCCCGUGCUGGGAAAAAUAGCAAAGCCGCAAAGGAGGAGGAAAGAAGCCACUCCAAAAAGAAGCUCCUCACAGCCAGUGACCUUGCAGCCAGCGACCUCAAAGGAUUUCAGCCACAAGCUUAUGAGCGGCCACAGAAACACUCAGCUCUCCACUAUGACCCAGGCCUCCCACAGGAUUUCACCAGUGACACCUUAAAACCAAAGCACCAGCAAAAAAGCAGCAGCCAGAACCACAUGGACUGGUCCACCAACUCUGACAAUGGACCUGCCACUCAGAAUUGCUUCAUCAGUCCAGAGUCUGGCAGAGAAACUGCAAGCACCAGCAAGAUCCCAGCUCUUGAGCCCAUGGCUUCCUUUGCAAAGGCCCAGGGUAAGAAAGGCAGUGCAGGGAGCACAUGGAAUCAGUUGUCCAACAGUAACAAAGAUCUGCUCUUGGGAGGUGUGGUUCCAUCUCCAAGCAACCACAGCUCACCAGCCCCACCCAGCAGCUCUGCUGAGUGCAGCGGGAUUCAGCCCUUGGUAGAUCAAGAUGGAGGAAGUACAAAGGAGCCCCUUGAACCGCCUACUCUAAGCAGCAAGAAAAAGUCCAGUAAAAAAGAUGUGAUAAGUCAAACCAUACCAAACUCAGACCUAGACUGGGUCAAGAAUGCUCAGAAAGCAUUUGACAGUACAGAAGGGAAAAGGGAAGGAUACUCUGCAGAUAAUGCCCAAGAGGCCUCACCAGCCAGGCAGAAUGUGAGUUCCGUCAGUAAUCCUGAAAACGACUCAAGCCAUGUCCGGAUUACUAUCCCUAUCAAGGCACCUUGCCUCGAUCCAAGCAGCCAUAAGAGGAAAAAGAGACAGUCCAUCAAAGCAGUGGUGGAAAAGAUCUUGCCAGAGAAAGCCUUGACUUCGGGAAUCACUAUGAGCAGUGAAGUAGUUAAUAGGAUAUUUUCCAACCCUGAGGGUAAUAAGAAAGAUCCCCGUGUCCCUAAGUUGGGUAAAAUGAUGGAGAACGAGUCCCCCUCAGCUGGCCUUGAAACUGGUGUAAAUGCUGAGAAAGUUGUCCCAGGAGGUGUACCUAAGCAGAGAAAGCCACCCAUGGUCAUGACGCCUCCAACAUGCACAGAUCACUCUCCAAGAAAGCUGCCAGAAAUCCAGCACCCCAAAUUUGCUGCCAAACGGAGGUGGACGUGCAGCAAACCAAAACCCACCAGUCUGCUUCGGGAGGCAGUCAUGGCCACCUCCGAUAAACUGAUGGUGGAACCGCCGUCUGCUUAUCCCAUCACUCCAUCCAGCCCUCUCUACACCAACACAGACAGUCUUACUGUGAUCACGCCAGUCAAAAAGAAGCGGGGGCGACCAAAGAAGCAGCCUUUGCUCACGGUUGAGACAAUUCACGAGGGGACGUCCACCAGUCCAGUCAGUCCCAUCAGUCGGGAGUUUCCUGGCACCAAGAAGAGAAAGAGACGACGUAGUUUAGCUAAGUUGGCCCAACUAGUGCCAGGAGAGGACAAACCCAUGAGCGAGAUGAAAUUUCACAAAAAAGUUGGAAAGCUUGGGGUAUUGGAUAAGAAGACCAUCAAAACUAUCAAUAAGAUGAAGACACUCAAGAGGAAAAAUAUAUUGAACCAGAUCUUGUCCUGCUCCAGCAGCAUAGCACUGAAGGCCAAAGCUCCCCCGGAGACCAGCCCUGGGGCAGCAGCGAUCGAGAGCAAACUGGGCAAGCAGAUUAAUGUCAGCAAGAGGGGCACCAUCUACAUCGGCAAGAAAAGGGGCAGGAAGCCGAGGGCAGAGCUGCCACCUCCAUCCGAAGAACCCAAAACAGCCAUCAAGCACCCGAGGCCUGUUUCUAGCCAGCCGGAUGUUCCCGCCGUGCCUUCCAACUUUCAGUCACUUGUGGCGUCUUCACCAGCAGCUAUGCACCCACUUUCGACACAGUUGGGUGGGUCCAAUGGCAACCUGAGCCCCGCCAGCACUGAAACCAAUUUUUCAGAGUUGAAAACUAUGCCAAAUCUCCAGCCCAUCAGUGCUCUUCCAACCAAAACCCAAAAGGGAAUCCAUAGUGGGACCUGGAAGCUGUCUCCACCCAGGCUGAUGGCCAACUCCCCUUCACACCUUUGUGAGAUCGGGUCACUCAAGGAGAUAACACUGUCCCCUGUGAGCGAGUCCCACAGUGAAGAGACGAUCCCGAGUGAUAGUGGCAUUGGGACAGACAACAACAGCACGUCUGACCAAGCAGAGAAGAGCUCUGAGUCCCGACGGAGGUACUCUUUUGAUUUCUGCUCCCUGGACAACCCGGAGGCCAUCCCAUCUGACACCAGCACAAAGAACCGGCAUGGCCACCGGCAGAAGCAUCUCAUCGUGGACAACUUUCUGGCCCACGAAAGCCUCAAGAAGCCAAAGCACAAGAGGAAACGGAAAAGCCUGCAAAACCGUGAUGAUCUCCAGUUUCUGGCGGACCUAGAAGAGCUCAUCACUAAGUUCCAGGUGUUCAGGAUCUCCCACCGGAGUUAUACCUUUUACCACGAGAAUCCGUAUCCCAGCAUUUUUCGGAUUAAUUUUGAUCAUUAUUACCCGGUGCCAUAUAUCCAGUAUGACCCGUUGCUCUAUCUUCGUAGGACUUCAGACUUAAAGUCAAAGAAGAAGCGUGGUAGGCCUGCAAAAACCAAUGACACCAUGACAAAGGUGCCUUUUUUACAAGGGUUCAGCUACCCUAUUCCCAGUGGAAGUUACUAUGCACCCUAUGGAAUGCCUUACACAUCAAUGCCUAUGAUGAACCUUGGUUAUUACAGUCAGUACCCAGCUCCUCUGUACCUGUCACACACGCUCGGAGCAGCGUCCCCGUUCAUGAGGCCCACAGUGCCACCACCUCAGUUCCACACAAGCUCCCACGUGAAGAUGUCUGGUACAGCUAAGCAUAAAGCAAAGCACGGAGUGCACCUGCAGGGGCCCGUGGGCAUGGGCCUUGGUGACAGGCAGCCAUCCCUGAAUCCUCCCAAGGUGGGCAGCGCCAGUCUGUCCAGCGGUCGGCUCCACAAGAGGAAACACAAACACAAGCAUAAGCACAAGGAAGACCGGCUCCUGGGGACCCACGACAACUUGAGUGGUCUCUUCGCAGGCAAAGCCACUGGCUUCUCCAGCCACAUCCUGAGCGAGCGGCUGAGCAGCGCGGACAAAGAGCUCUCCUUGGUGAGUGAGAAAAACAAGCACAAGGAGAAGCAGAAGCACCAGCACAGUGAAGCCGGCCACAGAGCGUCCAAGAACAACUUCGAGGUGGACACCUUGUCUACACUGUCACUUUCGGAUGCCCAGCAUUGGACGCAGGCCAAGGACAAAGGUGACUCGAGCAGCGAGCCUGCAGACUCCUGCGCGAAAAGGUACUCUAGCAAUGGUGGGGACGCGGGCAGCGCAAGACCAGAGAGCCUGGACGUGUUCAGCGAGAUGAACCCUCCAAACGACAAGUGGGACAGUGAUGUGAGUGCGAGUAAAAGGAGGAGCUACGAAGGCUUUGGAACGUACAGGGAAAAGGACAUCCAAGCCUUCAAGAUGAACCGCAAGGAGAGAAGUUCCUAUGACUCCUCCGUGUCUCCAGGGAUACCAAGUCCCCACUUAAAAGUGGACCAAACAGCAACACAUAGUAAGAACGAGGGCUCAGCGUCCACUGUGAUGACCAGGAAGAAGCCAGCCGCGGUGGACAGUGUUGCGAUCCCACCUGCCCCAGUGUUAUCUCUCCUUGCUGCAUCGGCAGCAACGUCGGAUGCAGCCAGCUCCUCCCUGAAGAAGAGAUUUAAGCGGCGGGAGAUCGAAGCGAUCCAGUGCGAGGUGCGGAAGAUGUGCAACUACACCAAGAUUCUGUCCACCAAGAAGAACCUGGACCACGUGAACAAGAUCCUGAAGGCCAAGCGGCUGCAGAGACAAUCAAAGACGGGCAACAACUUUGUCAAGAAGAGGAGAGGGCGUCCCCGGAAGCAGCCCACGCAGUUCGAUGAGGACUCCAGAGACCAAAUGCCAGUGCUGGAAAAAUGCAUCGACCUUCCCAGCAAACGGGGUCAGAAGCCGAGCCUGAGCCCGCUCGUUUUGGAGCCGGCCGCCAGCCAAGACACCAUCAUGGCCACCAUCGAGGCGGUCAUCCACAUGGCCCGGGAGGCGCCGCCCUUGCCCCCGCCGCCGCCCCCGCCCCUCCCGCCGCCUCCACCACCCCCGCCGCCCCCGCCGCCCCCUCUGCCCAAGACCCCCAGAGGAGGUGGGAAGAGGAAACACAAACCUCAGCCUCCGGCCCAGCCCCCGCAGCAGGCGCCCCCGCCACAGCCCCUUCCCCCGGAAGAGGAAGUGAAAGCCAAAAGGCAGAGGAAGUCGCGAGGGAGUGAGAGCGAUGUCCUUCCCUAG